AUGCAGACAGAAUUGCCAACAAUGUUAAAUGUGUCUGAGGCUGACUAUCAACUAGAAUACAGUGAUAGCUAUUCUGGCACAGUGGAUCGAGACAAAAUAAUAGAAGGACAUCAGUACUCUACCUCUUUACAAAGAGCCUUUGAUUCACUCACAUCUGACGGUUACACUAAUUUUAUAUUAACACUAGGGUUUAUUGGUGUUGCUAUCUACUGUAAUAUGUCAACUUUCUGGCGUUUACAGCUGGAUAUGCCAGGAAAGAAGCCAAAUUUUACGCACAUAUGCGUCUUGUUGUUCGGAAUUCUAGCCUAG